UUCCGCUAGAGGGCGCAAGUUUCCCAUCACUAGCCUCUAAACACGUCCCUUUAAAUGGCUUAAUAACACACUCACAAAAAACCUUGAAUAAACUUCGUCGCCGACUCCACACGGUCGCAAUGACACCAACGCCGGGGAGAAGGUGUGAAGACAUGGACCGUGUGGGUGACGACCUUCGUGGAGAAGCGAAUGAGUUAAAAGACAAAGACCCGGACACACAGGUGGAAGAGCCUCUACUCCAAGAGAACCCCCGACGCUUUGUCAUCUUCCCCAUUCAGUACCCCGAAGUUUGGAAAAUGUAUAAGCAGGCCCAGGCGUCCUUCUGGACGGUGGAAGAGGUAGACCUGUCCAAAGAUCUACCGCACUGGGACCGACUCAAACCUGAGGAGAGGCACUUCAUCUCGCACGUCCUGGCUUUCUUUGCUGCCAGUGAUGGCAUCGUCAACGAAAACCUGGUGCAGAGGUUCUGUCAGGAAGUCCAGGUCCCCGAAGUGCGCGCCUUCUACAGCUUCCAAAUCCUGAUAGAGACGGUGCAUUCAGAGAUGUACAGCAUGCUCAUCAACACCUACAUACGGGACCUCAAGGAAAGGGACUUUCUCUUCAAUGCCAUUCAAACACUGCCGUGCGUAAGACGCAAGGCCGAUUGGGCGCUCCAGUGGAUUAACGACACACAGGCUUCCUUUGCCGAGCGAAUGGUGGCCUUCGCCGCCGUGGAGGGCAUCUUCUUCUCCGGCUCGUUCGCCGCCAUCUACUGGUUGAAGAAACGAGGCCUCAUGCCGGGUCUCACCUACUCCAACGAGCUCAUCAGCCGUGAUGAGGGAUUACACUGCAAUUUCGCGUGUCUGUUGUACAGCUACCUAGUGAAGAAGCCGUCCGAGGACAGGGUGAAGGACAUCAUCACUAAAGCCGUCACCAUCGAGCAGGAGUUUCUUUCCGAGGCCUUGCCGGUGGAGUUGAUCGGAAUCAACUCUUCGCUGAUGAAGCAGUACAUCCAGUUCGUGGCUGACCGUCUCCUCAUUGAUCUGGGACUAACCAAGGUAUACUUGUCGGAGAACCCGUUCGACUUUAUGGAAUCCAUUUCUCUGGAGGGGAAGACCAAUUUCUUCGAGAAGCGAGUGGGCGAGUACCAGAGAUUCGGCGUUAUGUCCAGCAUGAUGGACUGCGAGUUCACUCUGGAUGCUGACUUUUGAGUUUUUAAUAAUGGUGUUAAUUUAUUUGGUGGAGGUGCUAAGACUUGUGGAUAAUACAAAAACAACACAUAAGUAUCUUGUAGAAUUCUGUACAAAUUCAUAGACAAUACUGACAGCAUUAUUCGUGAAACUGCAACAAAUAUUUUAUUUAUGUAUGGACAUAUGCCAGCAUUUUCUUAUGUGCCAGUCUCUAAAUUGCAAUAAAAUACAGAUAUGUUAACUAUUCAUUCGCAGUUGUGCAGUGACCAGAUUUUGAAAUCAUUUUAAGUUUAUGAAGAAUGUGUUUUAUGGGGUGAAAAGUCGUUUGCGUCUGUUUUUUUCAUGAGAUGAAAAAUAAAAAAUUGUACAAAG